AUGGGAAAACCUGUGGUGCUGAGAUUAGGUUGCAUUAGAUUUGGACAACAGAAAUGGGAAGAGUUCAGUAAGACAGUGGAUUUGAUUGUGUUGGACGACUCGAUGACAAGGGCAGAGUUUUUGAAGUUGCUUCAGGAUCCGCAUAGCAAGUUGGAAAACGUCCAGAUUAUCACUAGGACAUUUUUGAGUGUGAAUCAGACCGGAAGGUUUGAUAAGGAGAUUGCGGAGGCCCUGCCGGCCUCUGUGAAGGCAAUUGUGCACACCGGUGCAGGCUAUGACCAAGUAGAUGUUGAGCAUUUCAAUAAAAGAGGCAUCCAGGUGGCUAACGUUCCAGAUAUAGUUACCAGUGCAACUGCCGAUAACCAUGUUUUCUUGCUUCUGGGGGCCCUUAGAAAUUUCUCGAGUGGUCACAGGGAAUUAAUCAAUGGUAAUUGGGAGAAGAAAGGCGCUGGUUGUUCUGUGACUUUUGGUCACGACCCAGUGGGUAAAACGGUUGGUGUCCUAGGGAUGGGUGGUAUAGGCCGUGCAGUGGUCAGUAGAUUGCAACCAUUUGGUUUUGAAAAAUUCAUAUAUCAUAACAGAAACAGGCUGUCUCCGGAGUUGGAAGCAGGCUGCCAAUAUGUUUCCUUUGACGAGCUACUGAAGCAAGCAGAUAUUAUCUCCAUUAAUGUCCCGUUGAGCAAAGCUACGAGACACAUAAUUGACGAGACUGCCAUCUCCAAGAUGAAAGAUGGAGUGGUCAUUGUCAACACCUCCAGGGGAGCUGUCAUCGACGAGCAAGCUUUGAUUAGAGGCUUGCAAAGUGGUAAAAUUAGAACAGCAGGCUUGGACGUCUUUGAAUUUGAGCCUAAAGUACCACAAGAACUAAUUGAUAUGCCUCAAGUACUUUCUUUACCACACAUGGGUACCUACUGUGUCGAGACGUGGCAAAAAAUGGAGGAGUUUGUUGUUGAAAAUGCAAUCAAUAUGAUUGAAGAGGGGAAAGUUAUUAGUCUUGUCCCUGAACAAAAAAAUGAAGCAUGGAUCAAAGAACUAUGA